UUACGCUUAUAUACAGAACUCGUAUUAUCGUGAGGGGAAGAUYGCUCAAAUGAUAAGCCCUGAAAUAAUUGGCAAACAAUGCGUGGAGUUUUAUUACUACAUGGGAAGCAGCAAUGGAAAUGGUGAACUAAACGUUUAUAUCGACGACGGAGUCAAGACCGUCAUAUCAUGGCAACUAAAAGGUUAUCAAGCGUCGAAGUGGUUGAAGGGAAUGUUGCCCGUAAAAGGAAAUUUGACAUCUUUCAAGGUCAUCUUCGAAGGUGUCGGAGGAACGAGCAGCUAUGGUACAGGCAUUGCACUGGACGACAUUCAAGUACUUUCSACUCCAUGUGCUCUUACUCCACCUAAUGCUACUGUGACGCCGUUUAACAUCAGUGGCSUCAAUUACACCGUUCGACUUGUCGGAGGCCAAGCACAAUCUGCAGGGAGAGUUGAAGUUUUCUACAAGGGCAGAUGGGGUUCAGUAUGUGGUUAUAAUUUCCCUUUGUCUUCUGGAAGAGUUGUUUGCAGGCAACGUGGUUACCCCGACGUGUUAAUGGUGGUGCCAUGCUGUAGUUUGUUAUCCAUCAGAAGCCCGUCUAAACGGUUCCUCAGUUGCAUGGGAAGGGAGAGCGGAAGUCGAAUUUAACGGCAUCUGGGGCUUGAUCAGCGAUUCAGGUUGGGAUAUUUACGAYGCUGAUGUCUUCUGUCGUGAAGUAGGGUUCUCAGGCGCUACACAAGCAUUCCAUGGGGGGCAUUUUCCUUACAGUUACCGAUCCAAAGUGCAGUGGAUAUCACGGACACAAUGCGAAGGUCAUGAACGGUCAUUUUGGAAUUGCAAAUAUAACCUGACGUUAAAAACAAGCUGGUACAGUCGCGACAUAGCUGGUGCUGAAUGUUUCCGACUUUAUUUAUCUGGAGGGAGGUCAGCAAACGAAGGAAUUGUGGUAAUGGAGUACCAAGGCGUAAAUGGAACCAUUUGUAAUGACGGUUGGGAUCUCAAAGACGCCAACGUAGUCUGUAGGCAACUUGGCUACUCUAAAGCCAUGUCAAUCAAAUUACCCUACACCCUUUCUAGUACUCCAGCUGGAAUUGGAAAGCCAACUUUCACGAAAGUCCAGUGCAACGGCCGUGAGGCAUCACUGGGAAUUUGCAUCCGCGUGCACCUUAGUUAUGCGUACCAUCGAUGCACACACAGCAAUGAUGCACAAGUUGUUUGUUCUAAACAAGUGCUAACUCCAGCUCCUACUACAGUGCUGUCUACCCAGGCCCCACUCACUACGGAGGCAUCUACUAAGGCGCCAUCCACUAAGAGAUUGUCCACUAAAGGACCAUCCACUAUGUCACCAUCAACCAAGGGACCAUCUACUAAUAAGAAGACAUCAACCAAAGGAUCAGCCACAAAAGAACCACCAACAAAGAGAACAACAGAGAAAGGAACAUCUUCCAAGGUCCAUUCUUCGAAAAGACCGAGUACAGUGCCUGUAUCUCMAGUUGACGUUUGUGAAGUUAAGCUGUUAAACGGGAAUCUAAAGUGGAAUAGUACCACAUUCAAGAUGAAAUUGGCCGAACAACUGAACAAAUGCUGUAAAUCAAGCGCAAGCAAAUUCGUUCCAAAUGACAUCUAUAUUGUCAAAGACUAUCCAAAGAAGACUGGUGACCAUCAGCUCGUAUUGCACUUCAUUGUUUACAUGCCAUUCAUUAAAUCAAGACACACAACAGUGCAGUGCAAAACCAUCUACAACUUAACGAUGCUGGCUGGGUACAGUUAUCAACCUAUAAGUAGUCUAAACAUUCCUCCUCAAGCUCACGCGCGUUCAGCCAAGUCACGCAACGUCGCCAAAAUAAUUGUCCCAGUGACAGUCCUGUUUGCAGUUCUUGUAAUAGCAAUCUUAGUCGCAGCUGUUUUUAUUAGAAAACAUUGUUACGUCAUGAUUUGYGAACAAAUGCUCGCGUUGGCUACGACUGGCGCGAUYCUGUUGUUUAUUCAAAGUGGGCAAGCAUACUAUUUCCCUUUUUCUGGUCAAGUGCGACUUGCUGGUUCAUCGAAUGGCUCAUACCAAGGAMGAGUAGAAAUCUUCCAUAAUAAGUCGUGGGGCACAGUUUGUGAUGAUAAUUGGGACAUGAAUGAGGGCAACGUCGUUUGUAAGCAAUUGGGUUUUACUGGUGCCAUUGCAGUGUAUUCACAGGCAUCAUUUGGUAAAGGCACUGGAAAAAUAUGGAUGGAUGAUAUAUAUUGCAAUGGCAAUGAAAGCAGGCUUGAAGACUGUCGACAUAAUGGAUGGGGUGUAAGCAACUGUGAUCACUCUGAAGAUGCCGGUGUUGCAUGUAACAAUGUAACAAUUCAGCGUAAGGGAAGCUGUUCCUUUGAAACUGGAUCUAAUCUUUGUGGGUACAAAAAUCUCCGAAGUGACGACCUUGACUGGAGUGUUGGUACGGCUAGUUACUGGUGGUAUAGCAGCCUUCCGCAACAUGACCACACCACUGGAAACGGCCAUUAUAUUUACGUACGAAGCAGCUACUAUUCUUCUGGAAAAAAGGCACAACUCAUGAGUCCUGUGCUGAACGGUGUCCAGUGUCUCCAUUUCUUCUACUUCAUGAAGGGCUCUCRAGUUGGUCAGUUAAAUGUGUACGUAAAAACCGUUUCCAACAGAACGUUGUUAUGGCAAAACGUUGGCCCACAAUCUGCUGUUUGGAUUAAAGCGAUAGUUCCCAUCAAAUGGGCAUCUACUGGUUCAUUCACGAUCAUAUUCGAAGCUGUCAUUGGAGGUUCUUAUGCUGCAGACGUAGCUUUAGAUGACAUUGAAGUCUUCGACAAACCAUGUGUUUACAAUYAUACCGGAAAUUGCACCUUUGAAUCAGGACACAAGUGUGGUUACACCCAACCAUCUGAUAACACGGUCAAGUGGGUCUUGCAUCAUGGACGAAUUGACUGGCGAUCAUUUGGACCGAGRAAGGAUCACUUAGGACGUGUUUCAGGGUAUUUUGUUUACCUCAAAACUACCUAUAGAACUACAAGAGGUCAAAAAUCCCAAUUUAUUAGCCCUGAAAUCUACGGUGGACGCUGUGUGCAGUUUUUCUACUACAUGGGUGGUUCGGCACCAGGAGAGCUGAAUGUGUACAUUGAUGACGGGGUGAAAAGAAACCAUAUYUGGGAGCUUAUUGGUCGACAAUCCAACAAGUGGCUGAAGGGAGAGGUGCCGAUAGGAAAAGUCACGGGGGCUUUUAAGGUUGUGUUUGAGGCACUUGCAGGCAGUAAUUACAAUGGAAGGAUUGCCCUUGAUGAUAUCUUGAUUCUUAGCAAAAACUGUAAGGUGUUCCCCUCGUCAGCGUCAGUUACACCUAUCGACAUUCGUAAUAUCAGCAAAGAGGUUCGUCUUGUUGGUAGCAACUCUACCUCAGCUGGCCGAAUUGAAGUUUUCCACAAUGGUAAAUGGGGUACGAUAUGUGGAUCGAAUUUUCCUUUGACCUCUGGAARGGUAGUCUGCAGACAACUCGGGUUUUCCGACGCGGUGAUGGUAGUGCCAUGUUGCUCUGUUUUUGGUUCAGGAAAUGGACGGAUUCUACUGCAAGAUGUGCAGUGUAGAGGCGAAGAGAGUGAUAUUAAAAUGUGUUCUCACAGGCAAUGGGGGAUGACAACAUGUUAUCAUUCACAAGAUGUUGGUGUCAUCUGCAAGACCAACCACACUUCGAUGGAUGUCCGGCUAAAUGGCACUUCGCAAAAUUACAAGGGCUUAGCUGAGGUUAAUAUCGGUGGCGUCUGGGGAACUAUCAGUGAUUCAGGCUGGGAUAUCUAUGACGCCGAUGUCUUCUGCCGYCAAGCGGGCUUCGCAGGGGCCUCUGAGGCGCUAAGCYWCAAGGGAAUCCGUGKUCCAGAAUGGAUAAGCAACACAUACUGCAAUGGAGACGAGACUUCSUUUUGGAAUUGUAAUUAUACCAUCAAUCUACAGAGUCAUCAGUCUUGGUGGUGGUAUAGACGACUAGCUGGAGCUAAGUGUUACGAUCUUAAACUAUCUGGUGGAAAGAMCGAGAAUGAAGGAAUAGUUCUCAUACGAUGGGAAGGGACAUGGGGCACUAUCUGCAACAAAGGCUGGGAUAUCAAAGAUGCUCAUGUGGCGUGUAGAAACCUAGGUUACUCCAAAGCCAAGUCAAUUAAAGUCAGUUACARGGUCAACGCUCCAAAGAAAACAACAUCGCUGUUGUCACAAUUYGAAUGCCAAGGUGACGAGGCAUCCCUUGCGACUUGUUCAAGGAGGAGUUUGGCUUCUGUUUCUCAUACAUGUACUCACGACAAUGAUGCCAUAGUAGUUUGUGAUAGUCAGCCACUUACUCCUUCGCCUUCAACGUCACCAACAACUCCAAGAAAACGUCCAGCAUCAACACCUAAAACAUCGCCGACUUCAACAACUAAACCAGUGAUCUGUAAGCAGUCUAAAAGGUAUGGCAAGGUUUGCAUCUGCGGUAAAACAAAGGAAGGCAACAUUUGGUCCCAUUCUUGUUAUGUCUUAGGUGAAAAUGCCAACAGUGUGUCACUAAAAGUGAACGAGACACAGUGGAAUGCCAAAAGAUUCAAAGAUAUGUUAGCGAAACAAUUAACAAAGUUUUGUGGAAGCAACUAUUGUGGUCAAAACAGUUCUCAUGAGCACGUCUUUACAACGAGCGAUAUUAUCAUCGUUACGACUGGUUCGACGGCACCACAGCAAACACAUGUACUGUUUUUAGUAUUUGAUUCACACACAAAGAAACCUCUACCAAGUGGUGUUAUCCKGAGUAUGAUCAACCACGAUAAGWUGCUUGCUGGAUUGGAAGUAUUCCAUCAGUCUCCUGCCCCUCACCCGCGGGCCUCAGGUAAAAAGCAUCCCAAUGUGAUCAUGAUGGUCGGGAUAGCUCUGGGAGCGCUUCUCUUUGGUGCUGUGGUGAUAUUUGCUAUUGUGUAUAGGAAGAGAAAAAGGCGUCUACGUGCUUUGGUUCGCUACCGUGUCCCUGACUGUCCACCWGAACUUAACCUUAGCGACGAGGAAGAUGAAACGAAGGACGACGAUAGACUUCUAACCCUUAAUGACAAUGACCAAGCACCUCUAUUACCUUCAACAGUUGUAGCCUAACAUUUUAAUACGACCAGCAAACUAGCAGCCGACUUAUAUUUAACAGUUCUAUGGAUUCAUAUAUGUCCAGUGCAGGUAGCUUUCUUAAAUCCGGCCCAACAGUCAUGUACGACGAAUUUGAAUGGAACGAUAGUUGAGUUUCGCGAUCUCUUUUACGCUGUGUUAGCCUCAAUUGUGUGCUAAAAUAUUCAGAGAUGUAGAUAAAACUCGUGAGAUUUCAAUCUAUUCCCAUUGUCUUCUAUAC